UUUUCCUGCUCUCCCGCGAACACCAAGCCCACCUCUAUCGCCGCCGCCAAGGACUUAGUUGACAUGGCCAGCACAGCUGCCUACAUAGGUCGACAGCACGUCGAUCAAGAGCAUGAGUACCUUCGUACGCAGGUCGACCCGCUGCUCAUGCCGCUCAUCGAAGCACUGUUGCUACAUCAGCCGCCGUCCAUGUACGAUUUCAUCGCAAAGUUCCUUGAUGGUGCAGCACUGGGAAGCAUGAAACAUGUGGGCGAUGCGACAACCAAGUCUGCCAAGGCAAGGCGACACCGCAUGGUGGAAUUCAUGUCUUCGUCGGUGUUGCCAGUCAUGGACGAUCUCACCCAGCGCAUUCUACAGGACAAACCCUCCAACGCCAAAGAAUUCUUGCGCGACAUUGUUCAGACGCGGCUCUUAAACAAACAGCAUCACGAUCCCUCUGCUACAUCGUUCGACCUCGGGACGCCUAAGUUCCGCGUGGGCGAUCGAGUCGACUGUCGGUUCAAAGGUCGACCCAAAUACCUUCCAGGGGUAGUGGACAGCAUCGACGACGGUGGGUUGUGCACGAUUCGAUACGACAAUGGCAAAGUGGAAGAGCAUAUUCACCCGAUCUUACUCCGCCGCCCCCAAGACCAACCCGAGGCCGAAGACAAUACCGAGCAAUCCAAGAUUCCUCGCCGUGAGAUCAAACCUGUGCUUUUGAUGCUGGGCCUCGAUGGGGCUGGCAAGUCGACGUUUCUAUCGACGCUGCAGGGAGAUUUGGACAAGGACAUUCCCCCCACGGCAGGGUUCUCGUCGGUGACGUUUCAACUUGCCAACGGAUCGGCCACGUUCUACGACUUGGGUGGCGGUCCGACCAUUCGCGCCUUGUGGAAAGAGUACUUUGCAGAUGCGCACGGUGUGAUUUACAUGGUGGACGCGUCGGACGCCGAUCGGAUACAAGAAGCAUCCAAGCACUUGGAAGUGGCCAUGGCACAUCCCAUGCUUCGUGGCAAGCCCUUGCUCAUCUACGCCAACAAAAUGGACUGCGAUCAGGCCCUAAGCGAGGCAGAAUUCGGCCAGAAACUGCAAGUGGCGUCGUAUGUGAACACGAAAGUGCUGCAGAGCGUCACCAAGGCCAAAGCCAACGGCAACCUUGUCGACGAUCGACUCGAAGGCGGGCUUCGCUGGAUCUUGGGUCGCAUCGAAGGCGACUACGAUGCACUGGGGGUCCGUGUGGCUAAUGAUCGUGCCACGACGAAGAAAGAAGCCGCAGCGGCGUGGCAGGCUCAGAAAGAGCGCGUGUGGGCGUACAAGGAGGAGCGCGAGCGAAGCGCCAUGCUGUCGGAAGACAGCGCCGCGAACCAGGCCGCGUUUGCCCCGCCCAAGCCGGUUGUCAAGCAAAGCUCCGACGUGCCCAUGUGCUCGACGUGUGAGUCCCAACCCGCAGUGACCAAGUGUGCCGCGUCAAAAUGGAUGCCUGUGUGUAGCGAAUGCGCCGACGCCCUUAAAAAGAAAUAGUCGACUUCCUCGUGAUGCUAGAUGGACGACUUUUCCUGUCGAUGCUGAUGUAACGUUAGCAUUAGCAUUAGCACUUCGUAGAAUGUUACCCUUCAUGAAAAUGCACAUAAGUACUUAUUGACUUUCUAUGGCAA